UAUCAAGUGGCUCUAUUUAAAACUCUUCAUAACCAUAGUCGAUUGUGGAAGAAAUUUUUUCUUUUAUCAAUUUUUCUUAAAAUCAACAUUUUCUAACUGCAGUGGUGGUGCAGUUAGGAAAACUUUUAUAACUCGGCCAAAAUCAAACAUUUUGAGGUCGGGUUUGUUCUAUCUUAAAGUAAAAUCAUUUUUCUGUUACAUUCGUACAGAAAAAGUCCAAUAUUUUCUCGUCCUUUUCUGUGUCACGGCGAAAAACACAAUUUUUUUUUUUUGUAAAAUUUCAGUACCAGAAAAACACGUUUAAAUCGAACCUCUGAUAACUGAAAAGAAAGACGACACUUCGGAACACCAGAAUUUACGUUCUUAUUCCACUUAGACAUUUGAUACUAUGUUCAAAAUAAAUUUGUUUUCCUUGUUUUUUUGAGAGUGAGCAAAAUAUGAAAGACUAAAAUUGGAAAAAUUGUUUUUUAAAUUGCAGAGUAAUCAAGAUUGAAGUGUCACAGUAUUUCUUCUAUAUUCUUUUAUCUUUACAGUAUAUAACAAAAUGUUUAACAUAUUUUUUGUAGAGAAUUUCACGGCGCAUCUUUUAAGAAAACAAUAAAGAUUAUGAAGAUAAAAUCCAACUGAGAUAUGAGCAAAAUACUAAGUGACUGAUUUAUUCUGGACCACCCGUGUAAAACAGAAGAAAAUUCUCUCAUGAUGAUCGUCUGAUUGAAUUCUUUCAGACUAGAAAGUCUUUACUGCAUCACGAAGAUGAUUAUGUGUUUCGUUUUAGUUCGUGCAUUACGUGAAGCAUUUUACAGACAAAAUUUACCAAAUUUAAUGAAUUUAUUGGCCACUGUACUUGUAUUCGCCAUUGUUAUCUACUUCCAAGGUUUUCGUGUUGAUCUUCCAAUUAAAUCUGCUCGUUAUCGUGGUCAAUCUAGUUCAUAUCCGAUUAAAUUAUUUUAUACAUCGAAUAUUCCAAUUAUUUUACAAAGUGCCCUAGUAUCAAAUCUCUAUGUUAUCUCUCAAAUGUUAUCAACAAAAUUUUCUGGUAAUUUUAUCAUUAAUUUGUUGGGUGUUUGGGCCGAUUCAGGUCCUGCUCGGUCUUAUCCAAUUGGUGGUUUAUGUUAUUAUUUAUCACCGCCAGAAAGUUUUCAAUCCAUGUUAGCGGAUCCAAUACAUGCCCUAUUAUACAUUGUAUUUAUGUUAGGAUCAUGUGCAUUUUUCUCUAAAACAUGGAUUGAAAUUAGUGGCUCAUCAGCAAAAGAUGUUGCCAAACAAUUGAAAGAACAACAAAUGGUUAUGCAUGGUCAUCGUGAAAAAUCUAUGAUACAUGAAUUAAACCGUUAUAUACCAACAGCAGCCGCAUUUGGUGGCUUGUGUAUUGGUGCAUUAUCCGUUUUAGCUGAUUUACUUGGAGCAAUUGGAUCGGGUACGGGUAUAUUGUUGGCCGUCACAAUUAUUUAUCAAUAUUUUGAAAUAUUUGUUAAAGAACAAAAUGAAAUGGGAGGUAUGGGUACACUACUCUUUUAG